AUGGAUGAGACGCUUCCGGACGGUCGGGUGAAUCGAUUCACGACGAAGGAGAGCGGAGAGCGACGGCGGGAGCGGGCGGUGAUUGGAUUCUGGCAGACGUUCGCGGAGCGAGCGAGCGAGGCGCGAAGGAAGCACUUCGACGGACGGCGGACGACGGAUGGGAAGGCGAAGGCGAAGGGACGGUGA